UGUUUAAUUAAUAUUUCUACUACAAUGAAGUCAAUUGUAUAAUUCAAGGAUUGAAACAAAUGGUGCAAGUGUAACACAUAAAAUGUGUUUGUAUAUGUAAUAAUCACAAUCAAAGCUGUAUGAAAAUAGAGAAGACAAAAGCAUCAGGGCGCUUGUGUUGAUCAUAUACAUGCAAAUACAGUUCCAGGAAAACUAGAAAGUUCUGAGCCUUUAUGCUGCCAUGUGCAUAUUCAUUACACCAAACCAACUACAUUUAGAAGUUACAAAGUGUAAAACCAAAUAAAAACAAACUAAUUCUAAUUUCACUGGGCUUGUAAAUCUGCUUAUUCACUCUUUCCAAUCACAGGUGGCUUUGAAAAACUUUGAGAUGCGGUUCCCUAGAGCUGUAAAAAAAUACAUCUCUUUCCACCGGCUCAUCAUACAGACACGCACGCACGCACACAUCUUUCUUCACUAUGCAACUCUAGAUCUUCUCUCUUCUGAUUUUCCAGCCAGCUGGGGAGGUAAUGGAGCAUUUAUCCAUCAACGUUGUUUGGGGUAAACAGAAGUGGCCAUUGUCCGUGUCUGUCUGCCACAACCUGCUGCUCUUGUAUUUCUGCAUUUGUACAUGAGACAUCGUGACUUCAGCAGGAGAAACUUCUACUCCUUUAAUAUAGCCAAACCGACAAGAACAGAGAGAAUGGACAGAGAAUCCAAUAAAACCAAUGCAAGACAUUCGCAUUUAUUUCAUUGUGACCUUAAAGGACAUAUUUUGUGCAAGUGAGGUCAAAGCACGAGGACAAGCUACAUACAUGGAUGAAAGCAGAUUAUGAGAAAGCCAUGCAAAGAAAAAGCUUCAAAUGUUUUCUCGCAAUGUGAAGAAGGAACAAAGAAAGUGUGAGAGAAAGAUGACGGAAAAUCUUUUGACUUUCCACCCCACCGUUUUCCAAUCAAAUCGCUCCGGUCUGCAUCUGUCCAUAAUUGAUGUCAACGAAACAAACUCGGUCUCUCCAGACACCUACAUCAUCAGUCUCAUCCUGUCCUGCAUCUACACCAUCCUCCUCUUCCCGCUCGGCCUUAUGGGUAAUGUCCUGAUCCUACUGGUGAACUUUGACCCUCGACAGCGGAUGAGCACACCUGACCUGUACUUCACCAACUUAGCCCUGGCCGACCUAGUGCUGGUUUUGGACUCGCUGAUUGAAGUGUUCAACCUGAGCGAGCAUUACUACGACGACGACGUGCUGUGCUCCUGCAUGGCGUUGUUCUUGCAGGUAAACAUGUACAGCAGCGUGUUCUCACUCACCUGGAUGAGUCUGGACCGAUGCCUGGCGCUGACCGGACUGAGGACGCGAGCGCUACCUGAAAACGUUUCCGUCACGCACCGCAUCCGACUCGCCCAGAGGACUUGCGGGACCAUAUGGGCAGCUGCCACCCUGUGCACCCUAAUCCCAUUUGCAACGGCACACAUACAUCACGGCUGGGGGCGUGGCUUUUGUUUUGCAGGCGUGGCUGAGGUGCAAUGGCUGGAGGUGACGCUGGGCUUCACACUGCCGUUCUGCGUGAUGGGUGGGUGCUAUGCCCUUAUCGCACGCAUGCUUUUGCACUCCGAACGCCCGCAACGAACCAAAGCCCUGCGCAUGAUCGUGGCAGCGGUGACUGUAUUUUUUGUGUGCUGGCUGCCAGAAAACGUUUUCAUCAGCGUGCAUCUGCUCAGUGGAGACAGUGCCUCGCGGCGACGUGGGAACCACACACUGUGGCAGCGCUACCCUUUAACCGGGCACGUGGUGACCCUAGCGGCCUGUGCCAACAGCUGUCUGAACCCACUCGUGUACAGCCUGCUAGGAAACACCUUCCGGCGCAAACUGAAAGUGUUUGUCGCGCACCACGUGUGCUGCCAGCAUACUUGCAUGCAGACUGCAAACACGACCCCUCCCUGCCCUUGUGUCACAUGCGCAAACGUGCACCAUUCUUGCUCUCAUGAGAAUAAAGACUUGGAGGAGGAGCGUGACCUCAGGAGCGGAGAGGAGGGUGCAGAGGGCCAGGAGUGCGUGUGUGAUAGAGUGGGUUAAACAUUGUCGCGAUGUGCAUGUAGAGACGAAAUUACACUGAAAUGAAUAAAUAAAACCCUCAUGAAAUGUGCCUGUUGAAGGUCUUGAAACUAAAUUUAGAUGAUGGCACAGCUGUAAACCAAACAGCUGAUAAAGUGCACAUCAUUAUUUUGUUGUCUAUUUUAUUAUAAAGUGGUAAAAUAAUUGGGAAAGAAAUUACUUUUGAUUAAU